AUGUCGGAGGCGAAAAAGAGAAAAGUGUAUACAGCACCAUCAGUAAAUGUGGACCAUUCUCUCGUUCAACUACUCAGUCAAAUACAGGCGUCCACUGACAACUUGGAAUUAAUCUCGCGAUUGAUCCAACAAGGAGAUUUAGGGAGAACUUUACCUAUUUGGUCAUAUUAUUCAUCAGUUAAUAACCACAAAGAGUUUGUUGAUAUCACUAAUAAGUUGAAUCAUGUGCUUCGUACAAUCAAUGAGCACAAGGAUACUUUUUUACCAGUACGACAGUUUAUCGUUGAUUUUGCUAAAGAUGUAUUGAUCAAUUACACCAAAAUCACGUAUCGUGCAUUGAGUAGCUUGAAACCUUCAUCAACCAAUCCAACAAUCAGGCUUUUGGACAACUUAAUCAAUUACGAUUCCAUAAUAGUACAGGAGUUUCUCAAUAGUUUUGACUUGACGCUUCCAGUGUUGCCCAAAUUGAUGACUCCAAGUAAGAUUGAGAUUGAAGCAGGUGAGGUGAAUGAUCAGUAUUCCAUUAGAUCAAAUUUUAUGAAAUUGUGGAUUGAUUUAUGUUCCAAUGCUGCGUAUUACCAUCGAUUGGAUUUGUUGACCAACCAUUCCAAAAUUGUAAAGAAUAUUUGGAAGUAUCUACAAUAUGAUACGAUUAAUCUGUUACUUAAUUUGAUCCAGUUUCUCAAUGACAAGCUUCUUGAUGAGCGUAAUUUCAAAAAGGCACAAAAAUGCAAAAUACUCAAUGAUAGCUUCAUGUACAAGGUCCACUUUUUAUUCAACAAAAUCAAAGAACCAUUCUUUCUUGACUUUAUGACUAAGGUAGCUACAGAUUUCAAAAAUGGGCUAGUAUUUGCCAAUGACAAAUUAUGGACCCAAAAUUCCGAUGUUGGGGUGGUUGUGGAUGUCAAUAACAAGCAUUUCAAAAUUGCAAAUAAGUUGCUCUACACUUUAUUGACAAGUUUAAAACCAACAGACUCUAACAAACAACUACAGUUUAUUGUCAAGGUGUUGUCAUGUUGUCAGGAAUUGAUCCCACCUUAUAUGAAUUAUCUCGUGCAACAUGGAGGAGGUUAUCAUGAUCCAUCAUUAACAUCUUGGUGGAUUUUGUACACUUUGUUGUACACGAAUGUGUUGCAGAUUCCAAUGCCUCAAUUUGAAACAAAUGUUGAAUUUAUCAAAUUUGACGUCAGAGCAAUUAAUGAAAGCAUAGUGUUUGCGCCAUUACUAAAGGGUGCGUUGGUGGAAGGUUUGUCCUCAAAGACUGGUUUAACUGUGCAGUUGACUUUGCAAUUGAUUCUUUUUAUUUUAAAGAGAUUGCAACUGGUAAUUGAUGUGGUCAACAAGAGACAAGAAUUGACUACUCUUGUGUUUAACCAAUUACCUGACAUCACAUUGAUUGCCCAACAACUCUCUGCAAAACCAUCCAAACUCACUCAUCUUACAGCAUUGACUAUUAUGAACCAGUACAAGUCAUCAUUUCCUUCAUCACUCAACAAAAGCUCUAUACAAAAGUUGGUUUCUUCAGGAGUAUCGGAAAUCGUUUCCAAAUCAAAAUUGUCUAAUUACGACUUGUCUAUACUUGAUCUUUACAUGAAUUUGCAAAACCAAGAUUUCAAAUGGUGGAAUAAAACCAACGGCGCCAAUUCAUUUUACACGUUAUUGAUAAAAUUAGCUUCAAAAUCAACCAUCACUUCAACUUUUGCAACUAAAAUCUAUCACUUACUCAAUAGAUUAUCCCAAGACAAGAUGUUUUUCAACAACCAUUUGUUGGUCACUCCGAUAAUGAGUUUAAUAUAUUCAUUAGAGGAUUCGGAAAUGACACCAGAGUUUUGGAACAUGUUUGACGAAGUUGUCGCUCGAUGUGUGCGUAGUCCAUACAAGUAUCUCGAUUUGUCUCAUGAAAAGUAUCACGAUGAGAGCAUAUUUGUGGUGGCCAUGUUUGAACAAUUCAAGUUUUUGUUGGGUAAAGGUUAUGAUGAAGCAAAUUUGCAAUGGCUAUUCAGGUUUUUGAGAUACUUGAUUGUGCUUGGUGGGGAUAAAGAUGUUUUGGCGUCACUUGUUGAUCAAUUAGAUGUGGAUGAGCUUGUAAAGAAAUUUAACUUGGAUAAGAUGUUGGAAUUUGAAUCAUCUAUGCCCAUUGACCAAGAUUCCUCAAUCAUGGAGGUGGUUUACAACUCAUCAGUUACUCAAUUGGCUAAAAAUCCCCAUAUUAUUGAAAAGAAAUUAAUUUCAUCAAAUUUAGACUAUUUGGCAGUAUUGGCACUAACCAAUUUAGUUCUUGAAAAAGAAGUUUCAGCAACACAAUUGAUAACGGUAUUGUUUACUAAGCUUUGGGGGUUCUUGACCAACUCUAGUCAACAAGCGAUUGAUUAUUUCACUUCCGAAUUGGUUUGGAGGAAGUUUCUUGCAAGUACUUCUCGCGGUGACGCAAAAUUGGUGAUUCAGUUGUAUGGAGAGGCAAUUAAAGCACUUCCCAACAUUGACUCCUCGGCAUUGUCGAAAUUUGUGUUUGAUAGAUUAUCUACAGGACAAGUUGAAUUUAUUGAUUACGUUUGGUUGUUGGAUAAAACUCAAUUGAAAGAGAUAACCAAUUCAUCUGAUGGGUUGCUUUUUGAACUGGCUGUGGCUAUUUGUAUAGAUAAACAAAUGAAGCUCGAUUUUGCUCAAUUUUGGAAGUUGUUAAUGUUUGAGAAAAUCAACAGGAUUGGUUUGUUGACUCAGUUACUUGAACUAAACUUGGUAGAGCUCACCGAUUCAGAGUUGAGAAAGGUUGUUGAUGAGAUUGUUGCGAAAGGUGAUUAUGAUUUAUUGCCGGUCAUUAUCGGUAGGUAUCACGUAGUUUCUUCCUGGCUAUUGGAAAAGAACUUGAAGGAUGACGUAUUGAAUUGUUUAAUCGUGUCCUCAUCGGUGCAAAAUCACAUUGACGUUUCUGAAUCAUACAUGAAACAAAUUUUGGCUGUGAUACAACUGAAAUUGAAAUCCAAGACAGUGGAGGGGUCAAUGUGGGACCAAAUUUUGGUGAUCUUGUCUUCUCAAACAACCACCGAUCAAUCGAUAGCUGAAACUGUAUUGGACCAAAUCAAUUUCAAACAGACUACAAACCCUGUGUUUAUCAAUUUCAUCGGAAAGUAUCCCCAAAAUGACAAGAUUAAAACUUGGAUCCACAAAUCAAUGCUUUACAUCACCAAAAGCUUUGCUGAAUCGGAACUGCUUUCUGCAAAAUUCGAAUCAUUCAUCAACAGCGUAGGAGAUUACAUUUUUGAAGCUAAUGUAUGGAACCUGGUGCCAGCAAGUAUUUUGAACACACAAUUGGAAGUCAUUCUUCAAUCGAAAUUCAUCAACAAUGAUUCAUUAAAGUAUGUGGUGAAGCUACUCAUCAAUUCAUCAAAGAGCACUAUUGAUUUUCAAAAAUUAUUUCAAAUUGCUUUAACUUCAUCAACAUGUUUGGAUGUUUUGCCAAAUGAACAAAAUGCGUCGUUGAGAUUCUACUCAGCAUUGAUUAUCUACAUUCUUUACAAUUUCGAUCACCUGAAAUUGUCCAACUUGAUCAACCUAAAGACGAUUUUGGAAAAGUAUCAAGGAUUGAAUCGAAGUGAGGAUUUGUUGCUCAAGUAUGUGUUGCAAAAAAUGGAGGCUAAAUUGUCCAUAUCUUGGAUUGCCAGUGUAUCCAAUUGGGAAUUUUCGGAUCAGCUUAAUCAAAAUGAGAUUGCCCUAGUUGACAUGGACAAGUCGAUUACCAAAAAGAAUGAACAGUUUACUGUGUCUUUAAACAAGGGCAUCAUUCAAAAUUCAUUGAAUAGUAAGGGGUCUACCCUUCCUCAAUUUGGCAAGGGGGUUGAUUUUUGGCUCCAGGUGGAAGAACUAGAGAAGGAAAAUCAAUUAAAAUCCAUAACCCACUUUGCUUACGAUUGUGAAUUUCUAUACAUGAUUAUACUCAACAACGAUGAACUUUUGAAAUACACCAAACAUGAAGAUGCAAGUGUGACCUACUCAUUCAAUAUCAAAAAUUUAAUCGACACUGGUAUUUUGCAGUUUAUUAUUGCAAACUUGUCCAAUACCAAGUAUCUCCCCAUUGCCAAGAUCAUUCUCAACAAGAUUCUCACUUCAAUCGAUGAUGAAACCAAUGCUCAUUUUAAAGAUAAAAACAUAUUCAAGGUCUAUUUAUCUAACGUGUGCUUUACUUUACAACAGCAACAACAACAACAAGAGAUUCCCAAAUUGAUUUGGUUUGUCUAUUCCCAAUUUGUCCCCAUCUUGUCCAACCCAGCUCAUUUCUUGUACGAAUUGAGUUUUCGUUACGUUCUUGCCCAUCCGAGUUUGAACAAAUGGGAUAUCCCAUUAUUCAAUUCAAUCAUCCAUCCAACAGAUUCAUCAGAAUGGGUUUAUCGAGAAUUGAAUUGGAUUAUAGAUCAAAUUACCAAUGGACUUGAAUCAACUGGGGAUUUGUCAUUGAUUACGAAAACUGUGAUUGAAUUUGUAUUGAAUUUGUUCAAUUGCAAAACAUUGAAUAUGAAGUUAAAAGUAUCGAUCUUGAGAUUCAUAUAUACGAUACAGGGUCUUGAUCAUGGAUCGGAUUUGUUGAUUACUAGAUUUGGAAUCUUGUCGUAUUUGGAAAUGUUGAGUAAUGAGUUGCAAGAACCAAAUGUGUUUAAUGAACAGUUGAAGGUGAAUAUGAUGGAGAUAUUAAGUCGGUUUGAAGUUAGUGUUGGAAAGAGUGACAGGGUCAAUGACUGGACCGGGGGACAAAUUAAUGAAAACUUGAAACAAAUUGUCGAUAAGCUAGCAUAG